UUUCCCUCUUCUCUUUUUCCCUUCCACUAUUUCCUCGAUUGUUCAUCAUUUACUUGCAAUUCAUAAACUUUCGCAAUCGCAAAAUGAAAUCUUAGUGCCCUUUUAGAGUUGGAUCUGAAAUUGCAACUCUUGCUUCCAACUACAGAAAAUCAAAUUGGGGAAAACUGUCAAAACCUAGGUUUAGCAAAAUUAAACGCACUGCAUUUUUUGGGCUCUCUAAAUUAUUAUGAAGCUUUUAGAUAAUGAGGAAGCAUCAUCAUCAAAGAAUGUUGAUGAAGUAAAAGUCGCUAUUAAUACUCCACUUAUUUGUGGCCUUCCGGAUGAUAUUUCUCUAUUGUGCUUGGCAAGAGUUCCUAGAACAUAUCAUUCAGUUCUGAGGGCUGUUUCAAAGAGAUGGAGGGACUUAGUUUCUAGCAAAGAGUGGCUUCAUUAUCGUAGAAAGCACAAACUUGACGAGACAUGGAUCUAUGCUUUGUGCAGGGACAAAUUGGAUCAUGUAUGCUGUUAUGUUUUGGAUCCAACCUCGUCAAGAAAAUCUUGGAAGCUCAUUCAUGGGCUUCCGCCUCACAUCGUGAGAAGGAAGGGUAUGGGUUUUGAAGCUUUGGGAAAUAAGCUUUUCUUAUUGGGUGGUUGUGGCUGGUCUGAAGAUGCUACUGACGAGGUUUAUGCAUACAAUGCUUCCUCGAACUCUUGGGUUCAAGCUGCUUCUUUGUCAACUGCUAGGUGCUACUUUGCUUGUGAAGUUAUGGACGAAAAACUAUAUGCUAUUGGUGGCAUAGGUUCAAAUUCAAGUGAUCCUCAUUCAUGGGAUACUUUUGAUCCUCGCAUCAAUGGUUGGUCAUCUCACAGAGAUCCAAAUAUCAUUCCCGAAAUUGAAGAUUCAAUAGUUAUGGACGGAAAAAUAUACAUCCGAUGUGGCAAAUCUCCUGUGACACCUCACGUGUAUGCUGUUGUAUACGAACCAUCAAGUGGCACAUGGCAGCAUGCAGAAGCUGACAUGGUUUCAGGAUGGAGAGGUCCUGCGGUUGUUGUGGACGGAAUCCUUUUCGUUUUGGAUCAAAGUUCAGGUACCAGGCUAAUGAUGUGGCAUAAACAGACACGCGAGUGGAUACCGGUUGGUAAGUUGUCACCACUGCGUACAAGACCACCAUGCCAACUUGUUGCAGUUGGUAAAAGCAUUUAUAUAAUCGGAAAAGAGCUUAGCACUGUGGUUGUUGAUGUUGGCGAUAUUGAAAAUACGGGAAGGUUGAUGGUGGGUUCUUCUAUACCUAAAUUAGUCUCUGAUUACAAUGUAAUUAGUUGUAAAUGCUUGUCAAUCUGAUCACAAUUAAAGUGUAUUUUGUAUAAUGAUAGUAUUAAGAUUCUUCUAUGCUUGUCAAUAUGAAGAUUAAAGAAUGUAUUGUAUUAUUUCA